AGGAGAUAGAAAAGGCAGGUACAGUCACAUCCUGCUGGCAUGCAGAAAGAUAAAGAAGAGGGUGGUGGCGGUGUGUCUACGCUUAUGAGAAACUUUAUGACAUGACAUUGCAUUUGUUGAAACACAACUGUUGCAUAACUUAAUAACUUUGCCCGAGAUUAACUGUUCACCUUUUACGGUUGGGAGGGAGGUGGUAUUGUCAUUCAGCCAGAGAAGGAGGAGGAGGGGUCGACGGACGGGAGAAUUGGGGAGGGAGGUACAGAAGGAAAAGGAGUGGCCUUCUGCAGAUAGUUGCCCUCUCUGCCGGAGUAAAGUCUUCUCACUGUGGCAGCUUGUAGGAGGGAAAACAAACCAGAAGUUUUGAGAUACAGAACAAGGAAGGAGAAAGAAGAAAAGAGAGAGCCGUCUUCAAACCACAUUUUCUCACAGGCUUUAUGUAGGUUAUAUACAGUCAUGGCAUCAGCAGCUUCACCAAAAAGGAUGGUGUCCUCUGUCUUUAUCACUCUGGCAUCUCCUUAUCGAGCCACUGUGACACAGCAGCAGCCCGCCCUCCAAGCUCACAGUGCCCCUGCUAGAGACAAGCAGCACACUGCUGUGCGAGUCAGCCCAGGUGACAGCAUCCCCGCCCUCAGACACAGGAAAGAGGACCAUUCACCAUCCGACUCUCACAGCAGCAUGGACAGCAAAGACCGGACUCGUGCAGGAGCUCCAGCCCGAGCUUCAGUUCCACAGAGUCCCAAACCCGCCCAACCUGGACCCAGCAGAGGAAAGUUGCAAGAAGUCGACAGAGGUGCUGCAGAGCUCUUCCCUCCUCGUCCUCCUCCUACCCCUCCUGCUGCUGCUGCACUGCCUUCAUCUCUGGGAGCAGCGAUCCCUGAAGGAUCGGCACUUCCACCACCUCCUCCUGUCCAGACACCUCUCUCACACCCUCUGACCCCAGGCCAGCAGCCAGUUUACAACAGAGAGGUGGAAACAAGCACACCAUCUAGUGGGUUAAACCAAGAGGAACAGUCCCAUGGGAUCCAUAAAAACGGCCAAGACACAGGCAGUAAAGAGGUGUGUGGCUUCUGCCGGAAGCCCGUGGCUCUUUCUGAACCCGCGAUAGAGGCCUUAAACAGGACCUACCAUGAUGGUUGCUUCCAGUGUAGAUCUUGUCACAUUCCCCUGGCUGGUAAACACUACUACAACAAGGCGGGAAUUCCACUCUGUGAAGCCUGCUACCAUACCAGUCUGGAACUGUGUUGGGCAUGUGGGGAAGUCAUCACAGACCAUGUGAUCCGCGCAUUGGAGCGAGCGUACCACCCUUCUUGCUUCACCUGUACAACAUGUAAACAGCAAAUUGGAGAGCAAGCUUUUGCUCAGGGAGAAGUUGGAGAGGUGUAUUGCCUCCAGGACUACUACAGGAAGUAUGCUCCAAAGUGUAAUGCCUGUAAGCAGCUAAUUAUUCCAAAAGAGGAUGGUACUGACAGCUACACUGUUGAAUGUCUUGGGCGCUCCUACCAUGAGAACUGCUACAGAUGUGAGGUCUGUGUCAUCCAGCUUUCUCCUGAACCAAAUGAGCACGGCUGCUAUCCUUUGGAUGGGAAGAUGCUUUGCAAAUCUUGCCAUCUGAGCCUGGUUUCUGGCCAGCACUAACGCAGGCCUUGUUGCCCGUGAUAAACUGCAACCAACGGAAAAGCCGCAUGUCCAGGUUUAAGAGAUGGGAGACUGUGCAUGUGCGAUUAAGAUUCUACCAUACGAAUGUCACACAUCUUUUUUGUAAUAGAACAUUAAUGAAAUAUGGUUAUUUUUUAUAAUAUAUCAUGCUUUCUGAAGAUCCUCCUAUUCCUCUUUUAUACUUGAUAAUUUUGCACUCAAUAAACUCUUCAAAAUGCACCAAAUAUAUUUAUGCAACAGACUUACCACAGAAAUUAUUAGAAAUUUUUGUAAGUCUUAAUCAGUAUACUGUUUCUCAAUCACGUUAACCCUUUAUAUAAAAAAAAAAAAAAACUUUUAUAUAAAAAAAAAAAAAAAACUUUUAUAUAAAAAACACAAAAACUUUUAUAUAAAAAUAAACUAAUAUAUUUUAUCUCGAGGCAGGCUUCAACAUACAUAACAUUUGUUAUAUUACACAAACAAUAUCAAUAAGUAUUACGAUGUGAAAAAACUUUACAAUUCAAUUCAUGAUUGUGUAAGUGAUACGAUAAACUGCAAUCAAACUCAUGCGAAACCUUUUUGCUGAAUAUAGAAGGUGAUUUUAAACACAUUUAAAUAUGUUUUUUGUCAUCCUAGCAGCCAAGACCUCUGCAUUUAAAGCUGCAACAACUUUAGGCAGCGUCCUGAAUUCACACUAUGCUGGGUUUAACCUUAACAAUCAGGUUAAGUAGUUAAAAAAAAAAACCUUCAGGCAACCGAUUCAACUCAUCUAAACUGCAUGAGACACGUUUACAAAACUAAAAAUAGGCAUUAGAGCUUUUGUACAAUAAUGUGUGACAGUACAACAACUGAUUCUAAAGUCUUCAUUAUAGACCAAAACUUGAAGGUGAUUUUGAUUUGAAUGUCAUUACAUCAACAUUUUUAACACCUGAAGAUCUUCACUAGUCACACAAAGUCUCAUUCAGAUCCCAGCCGAAUUACUUGGUUAUUUAUGUUCUGUAUCUCAAAAUGACCUGUUUGUGGAAUUAUAUUUUUGUGUAUCAUAAACAUUUAUUAAAACAUUUUUUCUGGAAAAAG